GCUUCUUUCGCAAGAAUAGUCAUUCAUUUUAUCGUAGCAAGUCUACACCACACUCGUUCUACACUCUCUUCUACUAGGUCUGCGACCAUCAUAUUACAAAUUUGCAUCCUUUUCGACUCCUAGAAAAACACAUCACAACAUGUCUUCCAUCAAGUCUCUCGCCCUCUUGGCCCUGGCCACCGGUUUCGCAAGCGUCGCCAGCGCAGCUGAGACUGGCAAGACCACCCGCUACUGGGACUGCUGCAAGGGUUCCUGCUCGUGGCCUGGUAAGGCCGAUGUCAGCGCCCCUGUCACCACCUGCGACAAGAACGACAGCCCCUUGACCGACGCCAACACCGCUUCUGCCUGUGAUGGUGGUUCUGCAUACAUGUGCUCUGACCAGUCUCCCUGGGCUGUCUCUGACGAUCUCGCCUACGGUUUCGCUGCCGUAAACAUUGCUGGUGGUUCCGAGGACAGCUGGUGCUGCUCUUGCUACAAGCUUACCUUCACCACCACCUCCAUCGCCGGCAAGUCCAUGAUCGUCCAAGCCACUAACACCGGUGGUGAUCUCGGUAGCAACCAGUUCGAUCUCGCCAUUCCCGGUGGCGGUGUUGGUAUCUUCAACGCUUGCACCGACGAGUACAACGCUCCCUCUUCCGGCUGGGGCGCCCAGUACGGUGGUAUCAGCAGCAACACCUGCAGCACCUUCCCCAAGGCUCUGCAGUCUGGCUGCAACUUCCGCUUCGGCGACUGGUUCGAGGGUGCUGAUAACCCUGAGGUCGAGUUUGAGCGUGUUGCUUGCCCUGCUGCCAUCACCGCCAAGUCUGGCUGCAAGAGAACCGAUGAUGGAGCUCAGAGCGCCGUUGCUGCUCCCGCCUCGUCUGCUGUCGCUUCAUCUUCUGUUGCUCAGGCUAAGGUUGCCGUUGCUUCCUCUUCGGCUGUCGCCUCUUCAUCUUCUGAGACUGCUCCCUCAGCCUACUCUACCUCCGAGGCCGCCCCUGUUGCUUCAUCCAGCUCUGAGGCCGCUCCCGUCGCUUCCUCCACCUCUUCUGAAGAGGCUGUUGCUGCUGAGACCUCAUCUGUCGCUGCUGUCUCGUCCGCCUACACUGCUCCUGCUGUCGAGUCAUCUGCUGCUGCUUCAUCUGCUUACAGUGCCCCUGCCGCUUACUCAUCUGCCGCAUCUUCCGCUUAUGUCGCAUCAUCCAGCUCUGUUGCUGCUGCUUCAUCGGUCGCUGCUCCUUCAUCUACCGCUUCCAGCGAUGAUGCCAACUGCAACGUCCAGUACGUUUACGAGUACGAUCUUUAAUCACUUCAACAUUCUAAACUGUUGAUGUUUGAUUCGCUUCUCGGUCGGUGACUCUUGUAUGACCAGCCAGCGGUUGUAACUUUGAUUUAUAGAAGGCUGUGUUAUCUUUUUCUAGAUGGAUGUAGAUUUUUCUUCUUUUAGCCGCCUUGCUCGUCACAGUCCGGUGGCGAGGCAGGCGUGAUGAAC